UUGAACCAAAGGCUCUGUUGCUGGGCGGGGUUCCAGAACAUGGGUUCCUUCUUGACCCGCUCACUGGAACCCACUGAGGUCGUUGCGUCUCCCGCGGCCUCCAAGCCCACACCCCCAGAUGCGGCCGAAGCGCCCGCGGCUCCGGAGAAAGGGCCCCUGUUUAAAGGCUGCUGGAGCUGCCGCGUGCUCUCCGGGACCGGACUGAUCGGGGCGGGCGCCUACGUGUACUUGGUGGCACGGAGGCCUAUGAAGCUGGGCUACGCCCCGGGUCCCGGGACCAUUGCACAGAUGGUCGUCGGCAUCAGUAUUGCCGGUUGGGGUGUAGUUAUACUUACAGAUCCCAAAGGGAAGGCCUACCGAGUUGGUUGAAAUUACCACCAGAGAAUUUGUCAUCUCCUAUCCCUGGCUCCAGGACACACAGUGAAGCAUUGAGCUUAAGAAUUUCUGGUCAGACAUACACAUGGAUAGAUUGCACUAUCUUGGAUUACAAGACUGAGAAGACAGUGAAAAUAUUGGCUGUCAUUGUUUGGCCAUGAGUGUCUGUAAUUUGUGGGUUUUUUCCCCUCUCAGGUUAUAUAGGGACCAAUAAAUCCCUUGGAAAAGAAAA